GCCCUGGAGAGGGGCGUGAGCGCGGCGAUGGGGAGAGUCGCGUGCGUGCGCUGUCCGCCGGUCACUUUCGUUUUGAUUCGGAGCCAUGGCGGAGGUGCAGCUGAAGGCGGGGAAUGCCCCUGAGGACCAGUGGUAGUUGCUGACCAGUUUUCUCCUAUUCCUCCAUGCACAAUCCACCUGGGAACUCUGUCCAUGCGGCAUGUCAUAUUUGGUCCUGACAAAAACUGCGGGUGUAUUUAAAUGGGACUUGAAUGUUGACUGUUUAAUGGGAUUACUGGGACUAUUGGAAUCGAACUGGACGCGUGGAGUACCUUGCACACUGGUCCACUGAACUUCAAACCAAAAUGUACAAAUUUGGAACAUUUGCUGUGAAAUACUCAUCUGGAUUCGUCUGCUCCUGGUUUGGAAACGGUAACGUGACUGCACGCGUGAUGUGCUCUCUGGCUAAUGAGCAGAUUGCAAAUGAAGGCGCAAAGUUGAAGGAAUCGGAAGCUCAGAUUGGAACAAGUGAUGUGAAACCACAGUUUGUACUCAAAACACCCAAGGGAGCUAGAGACUAUAAUCCAAAACAAAUGGCGAUCCGUGAGAAAGUGUUCAAUAUCAUCACUGGCUCAUUCAAACGCCAUGGAGCAGAGACUAUUGACACACCUGUGUUUGAGCUCAAGGAAACCCUGAUGGGAAAUAUGGUGAAGACUCAAAACUUAAUCUAUGAUCUGAAGGACCAGGGUGGUGAGCUGUUGUCAUUGCGUUAUGAUCUAACUGUUCCUUUUGCUCGUUACUUGGCUAUGAAUAAAAUUAGCAGUAUUAAGAGGUAUCACAUUGCUAAAGUAUACCGAAGAGAUAAUCCAGCCAUGACCAGAGGUCGUUACAGGGAAUUCUAUCAGUGUGAUUUUGACAUUGCUGGCCAAUACGAUGCAAUGAUUCCUGAUGCUGAAUGCCUGAAAAUAAUCCAUGAGGUCUUGAGUGAGCUGAAGUUGGGAGACUUUCUAAUUAAGGUUAAUGACAGGCGUAUCCUGGAUGGAAUGUUUGAAGUGUGCGGCGUUCCGGCUGAUAAAUUUCGGACUGUGUGUUCCUCUGUGGAUAAAAUGGACAAGAUGGCAUGGGAAGAGGUGAAAAGUGAGAUGGUUGCAGAAAAAGGACUUGCUCCAGAAACAGCUGACAAGAUUGGAGAAUAUGUUCAGCGCCAUGGCAACUCUGAAUUAAUUGACAAACUGCUACAGGAUGACAAGCUGUCUCAGAACAAGCUGGCGCUGGAAGGUCUGAAUGACAUGAAGCAGCUUUUUAUAUAUUUGAAGAUUUUUGGUGUGGAGGAAAAGAUUAUGUUUGACUUGAGUUUGGCUCGAGGUUUGGACUACUACACUGGUGUCAUCUAUGAGGCUGUGCUAGUCCAGAAACCGGGUGAUGAAUUGACAAGGCAGAAUGAAUCCUCUGAGCCAAUCAGUGUCGGAAGUGUUGCUGGUGGAGGGCGGUAUGAUGACCUUGUUGGAAUGUUUGAUCCCAAGGGUCGGAAAGUCCCGUGUGUGGGAUUUAGCAUUGGGAUCGAAAGAAUUUUCUCCAUAAUGGAGCAAAAAGUGGAGGCUUCUGAAGAGAAAGUUCGUACGACAGAGACUCAGGUUUUUGUCGCCACUGCUCAGAAACAGCUUCUGGAAGAAAGGAUGAAGUUGCUGGCAGAGCUGUGGGAGGCUGGGAUCAAGGCUGAAAUCACGUACAAGAAGAACCCAAAGCUCCUGAACCAGCUUCAGCACUGUGAGGACGCUGGAAUUCCCCUGGUGGCUAUCAUUGGGAACAGGAAACUAAAGGAAGGAAUAGUCAAGCUUCGAGAUGUUUCUACCAGAGAAGAGAUUAAUGUCACAAGAGAUAAUCUCAUAGAAGAAAUUGAGAAGAGGACGUCCCAGUCCUAAUCCCUUCACAAAGAUGCAUGUCUGCCUUUCUGAAGGCAUCUCAAAACCACUUUUGCAUAGUGGUCGCUAUCGCAGUAUACUGCUGCACAAUGAAUACUGAUCUCUGCUUGUUAACAAAUACAUGAGUAAGAAGCUUGCUUAUAUCUUCAUAACAUGGGGGAAAAUAGUUUUUUCAUGGGAUAUUAAACUUGGGUUUGAAUUAUAUCCUGUUCCAAUUAUGUUUGACAUUUAUUAUCCUGUUUGACAUUUAUUAUCCAAACCAUGUGGAAACUUUCAUUGCAAAUAAACUGCAGCUAUUCUGAAAAUUUUCAAA